AUGUCCUCAAUAAAUAGUUCCAUUAAAGAAUAUAAAAGCUCUGAAAAUGAACAAAAGCAAAUCCAUCAAGCUAUUUCAAUUGAUAAUUUGAGUAAAGAGGAUAUGGUGGCCUCAACCCAAAGUAAUAAUAAUAAUACAUCAAAUACUGAAGACACACAAAUUAUAAUAGAACCUACUUUAAUUUAUUCCCCAAGUUUAUUAUCACAAGAUUUAGAAGAUAGUUCACCAGAUGAUAGUAUCAUAGCAAUAGCUCAAAAUGGUGAUUUAAUUUCUUUACAAGAUCUUAUUGAUGGAGAAGAAUUGCAACUUUGCUCAAAAUCUGAUCAAAUACUUUCGUCUUCACAAACUACAUCACCUUCACUAGUUGCUACCUUUCCUUCAGUUCCUGUUAAACCCAUAAAACCAGCUUUAUCUCUUGAUAGCUCAGCACUUUCUUCAACCUCAAAUGAUGAAUCUAGUUCGAAAAAGAAAGUAGGGGGUCGUAAGAGAAAGGCCGAAAGUUUAGAGGAGAAAGAACAAAGGCAACGUGAAAGAAUUUUGAGAAACCGCCAUGCUGCUCAAAUGUCACGCGACAAGAAACGAAGACAAAUGGCGGAUCUUGAGUCUCAAAAUCUUAUACUUAAAGAAGAUAAUGAGCAUUUGUCUAAAAGAUUAAAAGUGGUUGAGGAAGAAAAUAUGAAUUUAUCUGCUAAGCUUGAUGUAAUUUCUGCACAAUUGGCUGAAAUUCAGUCACACUUGGCUGUUUCCACGGUUUCUGAGAUGACCAAAGUCCUACUUGACGGUGUUCGCGGAUCUGCAGUAUCCGCGGCCUUAGAAUAUGACUCCAUUGCAUUGAAGGAUUAUGAUAAUAAUGGUAAGGAAGAACAUACUAACGACACCAAAAUAAACGGCAGUCAGAAUGAGAUUUUACCAGAUUCUUCCUCUAGGUUUUAUUUAUCCGAUGAUGCAAUGGAGUCAUAUUCUAAGGCCGCGGAUACUGCAGAUCCGCGAACACC